UCGUAACGGAAGAUCGGGAUUGAAACAUCAAUAGAUUCAACAAUCCUCUUUUUGAUGAUGGUGAUGAUAAAACCAGAGAUAAUAGCAUCCGCGUUUUCCGUUCUAGGAUCGAUGCAAUGAAAUAUUAAAAGAUAUCAAUCGAUAUAUUGGCAUAAAAUGAACUUAAAACCAUGUGCAUUUUCCGGUCGUUAAUCGCGUUGUGAAGUUUCAUAAAAAGAACCAUUAAAAUGCAGAGUUGCAAAAUCUGAUUUUUAAAAUAUUUAGAUUAAUUUGAAUGAAGUGCGCUGUUCUCGGGUUGAGAACAGAACAUAUCUGUUUAACAUGACACAUUAGUCGCGUCCAGUGAUGGAUGGGUUUCAGGUCAGGUUUUGCGGCGAGGGAUACGAGCUUAAGGAUUUCUUGAAGUUUCAUCCGGGUGGAAUCAACUAUCUUUCUGGAUACAAAGAUAAAGAUGUUGGUUUGCGUAUGGAAAGUACACAACAUUCGCAGUCCGCUUUCUAUCUUUUAAGAGAGUAUCGGGAGGGUGGAAGAAACAUUGAGAUGUUUAAAGAAAACGAAGAUUUAGAGUACUUAGUUAAUUGGAAUGAACCAAUGUUGAAGCAAGUUUCGAAUCUGGGAACGAAAUAUAGCGAAUGGGUGCAUUCGCCUGUCAAUAGGAAGUUGCGUAUUUUCGAAAAUCCUUUCCUGGAAUCGCUUACCAUCACACCUUGGUAUUUCGUACCAAUUGUUUGGAUUCCAAUCAUUCUGUACUACAUUCAUAAAGGCCAUCAGACUUACUCGAAUAUACAUAAAGAAUCAAAUUCAGUUAUUUGGUCUGUAAUAUACUUAUCAGUAGGUGUUGUGAUGUGGACUUUACUAGAAUAUUCGCUACAUAGAUGGGUUUUCCAUCUGGUGCCAUCAGGGAAAUCACGAGCUCUAAUUUGUUUACAUUUCACUAUACACGGAUUACAUCACAAGGUUCCUUUCGAUACUCGAAGAUUAGUAUUUCCACCAAUUCCGGCGAUUUUCAUACUGGUUUUAGGACACACGUUGUUAUCUUCAAUCAUUCCAAAGUCCAUGAUUCACUUACUUCUUGGAGGUAUUAUAUCAGGUUAUUUAAUCUAUGACAUGAUUCAUUUUUACCUGCAUUAUGGUACACCUGAUAUUGGUGGAUAUUUAUACAAUAUGAAGCGAAUCCACAAUCAGCAUCAUUUCACUCAUCACGACGCUGCGUUCGGAAUAAGUAGCAACUGCUGGGACAAAUUGUUUGGAACUAUAAUUUAUCUAAGGAAAUUAGGAAUGGGAAUUAAAUGGAAUUAACAAUUUAAUCA